AAUAAACUAUAAAUUGGUCGCGCCACCACGGCCAAUUAAAUCAUAACUGUAUAAAUAGGAGCGUAUGAAAUAUAAUGCAAAUGGUUCAUUUUGCUCCGUGUCCUCAAUGUCCUCGCCUUCACGAUCAGAGGACAAAAAUUAAUCGAAAACUAUGAGUGAAACGAUCGAGAAUUACUUGAGAAAGAACUUCGACCUCGAGUCCAAAAGUCCGUCAGAGGAGGCUCAAAUGCGAUGGCGAUCCGCCGUCUCUAUUGUCAAGAAUCGCCGCCGGAGGUUUCGUAUGGUUGCUGAUCUCGAAAAGCGAGCUCAGGCUGAGAAAAAACGCAGGAAACUCCAGGAAAAGAUACGAGUAGCUCUAUACGUACAAAAAGCAGCAUUGCAUUUCAUUGAUGCCGGGAAGCGAGGUGACUACAAGCUCUCCACAGAAGUUAGGGAAGCUGGUUUUGGAGUUGAACCUGAUGCAUUAGCAUCCAUGGUUCAAACCCACAACACCAAGAGUUUGGAACAUUACGGGGGCGUUGGGGGAUUGGCAAGAGAAUUAAACGUUUCACUGAAAGAUGGAAUUAUUACAAGUGAAAUACCUUCAAGGCAGAACAUAUACGGCCUCAACCGUUAUGUUGAGAAGCCUUCAAGAGGCUUUUGGAUGUUUGUAUGGGAAGCCCUGCAUGAUUUGACUCUUGUCAUUCUUUUGGUUUCUGCUGUGGUUUCCAUUGGCGUUGGAAAUGCAACUGAAGGUUGGCCUAAAGGCAUGUACGAUGGACUUGGAAUAAUAAUGAGUAUUUUUUUGGUCGUGAUAGUAACGGCAGUCAGUGACUAUAAUCAGUCCUUGCAAUUUAAAGACUUGGAAAAGCAGAAGAAAAACAUUAUCAUUCAAGUUACUCGAGAUGGAUGCAGACAGAAGGUUUCUAUUUACGACUUGGUGGUUGGAGAUAUUGUUCAUUUGUCUAUUGGAGAUCAAGUCCCUGCUGAUGGCAUUUUGGUGUCAGGCUACAGCUUAUCACUUGAUGAAUCGAGCUUAUCAGGUGAAAGUGAACCUGUAAAUGUAGAUGAUAAUAGGCCUUUUCUUCUAGCAGGGACCAAAGUGCAGGAUGGAUCUGGUAAAAUGCUUGUUGCCUCGGUUGGCAUGAGAACUGAAUGGGGAAGAUUGAUGGUCACUUUGAGUGAAGGAGGAGAUGACGAAACACCACUUCAGGUAAAGCUUAAUGGGGUUGCAACAAUCAUUGGAAAGAUCGGCUUGGUAUUCGCCGUGUUAACAUUCAUAGUUCUGAUCUCAAGGUAUUUUGUGUAUAAAGCAUUACACAAUCAGAUUGGGGACUGGUCCACUAAAGAUGCAUCAACGCUUCUGAAUUACUUUGCCAUUGCAGUGAUUAUAAUUGUUGUUGCAGUUCCAGAAGGAUUGCCUCUGGCCGUGACGCUAAGUCUUGCCUUUGCCAUGAAAAGGUUAAUGAAGGAUAGGGCACUUGUGAGGCAUCUCUCUGCUUGUGAGACUAUGGGGUCUGCAACCUGCAUUUGCACUGAUAAAACAGGCACAUUGACAACAAACCAUAUGGUCGUUGACAAAAUGUGGAUCUGUGACGAAACGAGGACAAUAAAAAAUUCCCAUGACGAAACUGCUUUGAAAACCUCUGUAAAUGAAACGGUACACAAUCUCCUUAUACAAUCUAUAUUUCAAAAUACCAGCUCAGAGGUGGUAAAAGGCAAAGACGGGAGAAACACCAUUUUAGGCACUCCAACUGAGACUGCAUUGCUAGAAUUUGGCUUGCUUUUGGGUGGUGCUUUUGGUUCAUUGAAUGAUGAGUAUAAGAUCGUCAAAAUGGAGCCAUUCAAUUCAAAUAGAAAGAAAAUGUCUGUUCUUGUGGCUCUUCCAGGUGGUGGCUUUCGCGCAUUUUGCAAGGGAGCAUCAGAAAUCAUUUUAUCUAUGUGUGACAAGGUUCUCAGUUCUAAUGGAGAAGCAUUGCCUCUUUCAGACGAAAAAAGAACAAACAUCUCGAAUAUCAUUGAUAGCUUUGCCAACGAUGCUCUUAGAACUCUAUGCACCGCUUACAAGGAUAUAGAAGCUUUGUCAGCACCAGACAAAAUUCCAGAUGAUGAUUUUACUUUAAUAGCUGUUGUUGGCAUUAAAGAUCCUGUACGUCCAGGCGUAAAGGAGGCAGUUCAAGCUUGUUUGGCUGCUGGAAUAACUGUAAGGAUGGUAACUGGGGAUAACAUCAAUACGGCUAAAGCCAUAGCCAAAGAGUGUGGCAUUUUGACAGAAGGUGGUUUAGCAAUAGAAGGGCCAGAGUUCCGCAACAAGAGCCAAGAUGAAAUGGAGAAGUUAAUACCAAAACUCCAGGUGAUGGCUCGGUCAUCUCCUCUUGACAAGCAUACGUUGGUAGGACAGUUAAGGAAAACGUUCAAAGAAGUGGUGGCUGUCACAGGUGAUGGGACUAAUGAUGCACCUGCUUUGCAUGAGGCAGACAUUGGAUUGGCCAUGGGUAUUGCUGGAACAGAGGUUGCAAAAGAAAAUGCGGACGUAGUCAUAAUGGAUGAUAAUUUCACAACCAUUGUUAAUGUUGCGAGAUGGGGACGUGCAGUCUACAUCAACAUUCAGAAGUUCGUUCAGUUUCAGCUUACAGUCAACGUUGUCGCUCUCAUGCUCAAUUUUAUAUCUGCAUGCGCUUCAGGGUCUGCUCCUCUAACGGCUGUUCAAAUGCUAUGGGUGAACUUGAUAAUGGACACACUGGGAGCUCUAGCUUUAGCCACAGAGCCUCCCAACGAGGGGUUGAUGCAAAGAAAACCAAUUGGGAGAAACGUUAAUAUCAUCACUGGGACUAUGUGGAGGAACAUCAUCGGUCAGAGCAUCUAUCAAAUCACAGUCUUAUUAAUCCUCAGAUUUGAAGGAAAACGCCUCCUGAAUCUCACUGGUCCUGAUUCAAACAUCACUCUCGACACAUUCAUUUUCAACUCCUUCGUCUUUUGCCAGGUGUUCAAUGAAAUAAACAGCCGUGACAUGGAGAAGAUAAACGUAUUCAAAGGGAUAUUUGGGAGUUGGGUAUUCAUGGGAGUGAUGGCAUCGACAGUAGGAUUCCAAAUCAUAAUAGUGGAAUUUCUUGGGACAUUCGCAGAAACAGUGGGAUUAAGCUUGAAAUUAUGGGUAAUUAGCAUUAUAAUUGGAGCUGUGAGUUUGCCAAUAGCAAUGGUCUUGAAAUGCAUUCCUGUUUCAAACUCCAAAACUACAUGCCACUUCCACGAUGGUUAUGAGCCACUUCCCACUGGUCCUGACUUGGCUUGAUCACAUAAACUUCAUUCAAAUUUCAGGGCAGUUCCCCUUCCCAAUCAUAUAUUUUCCAUCUCUUUAAUUUUCUCUUCCUUCUUUCUUUUGUGCUUUUUCCCCCUUUUUAGCACUUUUUCAUUUGCUUUAUGUGUGUGCUUUGCUCUCUGAAAUGUCUCAAUGUGCUUGUUUUUAAUACUAAUAUCAUUAACUUGUUCUGUUCA